UACACGUGCCGAGAACGCGCCUUUGCUCUUCUCCAUACCAUACCACGAGGAUGCGCAGUGGUAACGCAGGCUGUAGAGGCAAAGAGCAGAAGCGAAAUUAACUUUUAUAAAGAUUGCAGUUGUAUGUGUUGUUUGCGUUAAGGUUUGUUAGACCAAUCCAGUUGUUCGUCGGCAUCAAAGCAUUUGGUCUUACACGACUUUCAGUUCACAGAAAAAAGGACGGACCUUCUAAUCCAGAUGUGAAUAGAUACCAGGACAAUGUCUGAAGAACAUCCAGUAAGUUUAGAAGAGGUUCUUAACAUGUCUGCUAAUGCAUCUUCCGCAGAUGGAAAUCUCAUCAACGUUCCUGAUUACACCGCGUGGCACCACAACACUGGGAUUGUAGUUGCCACAGUUUACGCUCUUAUUAUUGUCAUUGGCUUGACUGGAAAUGUCACUCUCAUCCGGACGUUCUGCACGGUGAAAUCCAUGAGAAACAUACCGAAUCUUCUCAUGUCAAGUCUUGCGUUGGGGGACUUGAUUCUACUCGUGACAUGUGCUCCGGUGGAUGCUACUAGGUUCUUGGCUGAUGAGUGGCUUUUUGGCAGAGUCGGCUGUAAGCUUAUUCCGUUCAUACAGCUCACUUCGGUGGGGGUGUCGGUCUUCACUCUCACAGCGCUGUCCGCUGACAGAUACAAGGCUAUCGUCAGACCAAUGGAUGUUCAGACGUCUCAUGCCAAGAUCUGCCUUCGCGCUGCCAUGAUCUGGCUAUUGUCCAUGACCCUUGCCAUCCCAGAGGCCAUCUUCUCUGACCUGCAGUCCUUCCCCAUCGCCAGGACCAAUGACACCCUCGUCACGUGCGCCCCCUAUCCACAGGCUGGGGACCUGCACCCCAAGAUCCACUCCAUGGCCUCUUUCCUCAUCUUCUAUGUCAUACCACUCUUCAUCAUCUCUGUCUACUACUUCUUCAUCGCCCGCAGCCUGAUAAGGAGCACGUCGGAAAUGCCGGUGGAGGGAAACGUUCAUGUGAGGAGACAGAUUGAAUCCCGGAAGAGGCUUGCCAAGACAGUGCUGGUGUUCGUUGGCCUGUUUGCCAUCUGCUGGCUCCCCAGCCACGUCAUCUACCUGUACCGUUGCUACCACUACUCGCAGGCCGACACCUCCAUGGGUCACUACGUGGCCAUUGUGUGUGCCCGCAUCAUGGCCUUCACCAACUCGUGCGUCAACCCCUUCGCCCUCUACCUGCUCAGCAAGAGCUUCCAGAAGCAGUUCAACAAGCAGCUGUGUUGCUGCUGCUGCCCGACGCGACGGCGGCUGCUGCCCCCACGGUCACAGAGCGCGGGCCGCAACAACAACACGCGCAUGACCUCGCUCAAGAGCACCAACCACUCCCUGGCCAGCUUCAGCAUUGUCAAUGGCAACCACAGCUCUCGCGAGGUCGGCCCUUGAGGCCCAGUCGUUGGACCUCGGUGUCGUAAACCGUAACGAGAAAAGAGAGAGCGGAAGUGAGAAAAAGAAUUUAACUGAAUUCUGUUAAAGGAACAAACACGUUUGCCAAACAGUACGUUUUACGUGUUUGAUACAAAUUAAGAGAGGUCUAAGUAAAGAGACUGAGUUGUACAAAGAUAACGAAUGCAUUGUUUCUCUUCCUCCUAGAUUUAGUGAGCAGGGUUAAAGAUUGGCAUCACUCCAUCGGAUCCUUAGCAAACUAAAAGACAAAAGCACCGCUAACCAAUAUGGGAGUAUUUCAAAUGGACCUUGAGAUUGUCAAUUUGUUGUGUUUGAAAGAUUUAUUCCCAAUAUAGAGUGCUUUUGAGUCAGAUAUAUUUCUAAAUUAAGAACAACAAUGUAAAUCAUGACCAAGUGUGUGUUUAUACAACGUUCGCUUUUCAGCUUUAGCAAAAUGGGAAAACAGCUACCACUGUAGUACGUCUAAGACUAGGAGCUGUGAGGCUCAUACACACUCAUAUUGACAAACACAGACAGGUGAGAAAAGAAAGUGUUUUGUGCAUUUACAUGUAAGUGGUCCAACAAUGACCUUUUCACUCUCAUGAUUCACAAUGAAAUCCAAGGCCAGUGCAUCAUAUAUAGUGUUGAAAUAGUCUGUGUUUGUGCUUUUAUGUCUAGAUCUCUAUCUUUUAAUGUUGAUCAUAUGUAAGAGUCAAAUGAUUAAGAACUGUGUAUGAAUACUUGUGACCGUACCUUUCUACUGUAUUUUGUCAUUUGUGAUGCCAGUGAAGCUUAUGACACAAGAGUGCUACUUUGAUGCAUCCACUGAAAAUUUGUGAUGAACAAUGUGCUUGUGAACCAUCAAAAACGGCUUUUGUGCUUACUGAGUUGUGACUUAUCACUAAAAUAUCAUAGCCAUUUUAAAAUAGAAACACUAACUCUGAGAUUAAAUCCUAUGAAGUUGUUGUCACUUGAAAAUACAUAUUGAUUAUUGUUUAUGUUGUAUUUGAGUGUUUUAUUUGAUUGGUCUUUAAUUUAAUUAAAAAUUGAAUUAUUAAGUAAUGCUAUCAUUUGAACAUACAAUAUAGGCAAGAGAAAGAGAGAGAGAAAGAGAUGUCCUUAAUUGAAAUAUGAAGCAUGGUGCUAUUAAAAUUAAAGUUGACUGGUAUAGAGCAGACACUUUUAUCCAAACACAAACACAAACACAGACACACACGGGCAUCAGGCUCCCGAUUAUCUGCCAGUGACGUUAACCGUUGCUCCAGCACGCCACCGUUGCUCCAGCACACCACCGUGUAAAUCAGUUUAUUUCGUGAUGAUCAACAACACUGUCACUUCACUUCCCAAUUAUGAUGUGGAAUUCAUUUAAUAUUUAAAAGUAAUCAAAUCACAUCUUGAAUAUUCUAUCUUUGUCAUUUGUUUAUUUGUAAUUAAUGUGUGGAUAUGAUCAACAUGUACCUGAACAGUAUCAUAAUUCUGUGCUCUUUCUACACGUCUAAAUAAACUCAAGUGGAAAUUCUGAAUAUAAUUUGCAACUGUUUGUAGUUUGCCAGUGGAGGAUUUGGCAUCGGCCCAUUCAGGCAGGCACCCACAGCCAAAAUAAACACUGUACCCCAUUUCCUCUUUUGAUGUCGCAGUAAUGAAAAAGAGAACACUCCCUCUGCAUUCUUCUAAACGUGACUCUUUUGGGGUUAGGCGGUGGGGUGGGGUGAAAUUGUUUUAUUUGUUUCUUAGAUGACCUAUUUCCUGCGUUGACAAUGUGAAUAAAAUGUGUGUAUUUGUGAAAAAGCUUU